AUUACCAAAGACACAUAUUUCUAAUUCAUAGUAGCAUCAUUUUUUUGCAUAGAGCAAAUUAACCUCAGCAGUACUCAUGGAGUCUCCAAUAUUUUUCUUUCUUGUCAUCUUCUUAUUCACUAUCACCAAAAAUACAGUUUUCAUCGAUGCACAAGUCGAUGAAUUUGGUUUAGAACAAGUGAUGAGUGAAGAUUUUGAGUUGCCAAUGCGAAUGUCCUCUUUAUACGAAGAUACAGAGGAUGAUGAUGAGAUCCAAUUAGAUGGAAAUGGGAGAUCUCUAUUGUGGCACAGAAUGUUCAAGUACUACAUUUCGUAUGGGGCAUUGUCAGCCAACAGAAUCCCCUGCCCACCGCGAUCUGGCAGAUCAUAUUACACGCACCAUUGUUAUCAUGCUACAGGUCCAGCUCACCCAUACACUAGAGGUUGCUCUGCUAUCACUCGUUGCCGUAGAUGAACAAUUUUCAAUUACCAUAUGUUCUUCCAUUUAUUUUUUAUGAUAUCUAUGUAUUAUAGUACCUUUAUUUGUGUGAUAUAGCUUGGGAAUUGGGAGCUAGAUCUGCUACUUAUCGACAAAUGUUUGGUUUUCUCAGACGGAAUUAUUAUGUCUUUGUUUUACCCAAAAUUAGUAUCAAUGUAAUCGCAUUGUGUCUUUGUUUUA